AUGGCAAGAUGGGCAAUCGAGCUAUCGGAAUACGAUAUUGAGUUCAAAAGCCGGACGAGCGCCAAGUCACAAGUUCUAGCCGACUUCAUCGUAGAAAUCCCACCUGAGCUCGCAACCCAAGAGGACGAGCAAAUCCUCAAAUGGACACUGCAUGUCGAUGGAUCGUCCUCCAGGCAAGGAGCAGGCGUCGGCAUCCGCCUCGUCUCCCCGACAGGCGAGAUUCUCGAACAAUCACUCAAACUCGGUUUCCCAGCGUCCAACAACGAAGCCGAAUACGGAGAAAUUAUUGCCGGACUUCGUCUCGCCGAAGCAGUCGGAGCAGAACACGUUUGUGCAUUCUGUGACUCUCAGCUCGUCGCUAAGCAAUUCAGCGGUGACUACGACACAAAAAAGACGAUCGCAUGGACGCGUAUCUCAAACAAACGCAAAGACUUGCCAAGGCAUUCAAGACCACUGCGACGGGUCAUCCUGUCGAAACCAUCGACGAACCGAGCAUCAAACUCCCCAAGGGAACCGUGGUCAUGGCAAUCUCACAAGAAGAAGAAGAAGACGAAAACCUCACUGACGACGAGUCAGCAGAACACAAAUCGUGGCAGGAUGAAAUCAGAAAUUACCUCAUCAACGACGCCGUGCCAGAGGAGCAAUGGGCGGCCCGCCGCCUCCGACGAAAAGCAGCUUACUACUUCCUACGCAACAACGAGCUUUUUCGCUGGAGCGCAAACAAAGUCAUCCUGCGAUGCUGCGACGAAGCACAAGCUAAGACCAUCAUGGUCGAAACCCACAAAGGAGCAUCAGGAAAUCACGCCGGCGGAAGAUCACUCGCUUUAA